AUGGCUUUGUUAUAAAAGUUUAUUGUAAAAUGAAAAAAAUUUCAACACGUUAAGCGAGGCAAUUAAAGUCGUUUAAAAUAAAAGAAAAGUGAUUAAAAAUUGUGAUAAGAAAAUAAUAGUAUGCUGCCACACAUAAGUUCUGAGGAAAACAUUCCCCCCGUGGGCAGAAAGGUGUAUAUAAACCCAAAUUUUCAUAACCAAAUGGCCAGUUCGCUGCAGGCUCAAGGUCGACCCAAUAGCAUUGCGCUCCAGGCAUGGGAACGACCAGCCAUACACAUCAAUCCGCAAUUUCUGCUGCGCCAGCGGGAAUUACAGCUGCAACAGAUGCAACAGCUACAGCAACAACAACUGCCGCAACAACAUAUUACGCAUUAUCAGCAAACUGUUGCUGCCGAGGUGACGCCGCCUCCAGCAAAAAUCAUAAGCAAAGCCAGUACUUGUCUGGUGCGGAAGCAGCCUGUGAAAGCCCACGUGCCCACGCCCGCGUCUAUUCUACGCGUUCAGCCGCCUCUGGUUAGCAUAUCCAAGCGAAAGAUCAUUAGACAAGGCGCCAGUGUAGCAAAACCAGCCACAGUUACAACGGCCACGCCCACAGCUAGAACGACUCCUGCCGCCAAGCGGACCAAAUACAAACUGGUGCGCGCCAUAUCCCUAACCGCCCACAGCAGCACACCGCUGGUCAAGAAACGUCGAUCGCGCGACUUUGUAGCACGCUAUGCUCUGAGACGCACAAAUGAUUCCAUCGCAACCAGAAAGUCGAGCUUAAAGUCGCAUUUGUUGAAGCCCAGCGUCAACAAAUCUCUUAGCAUGGUUAGCAUACACGGCGUCAUGUACAAGAAGACAGCUAAGAAUAAGCUGACCAAACUGGAUGCCAGAGCUCCAGCUUUGAAGACGUUACAGUCGCCUGUGCCGAAGUCAACUAACUCCACCGGUCGCACACUGUUCGUGCGUGGCACCAAGUUCGUGUUGGAUCCCUCCGGCUGCCGUUUGACGCGCGUUUCUGCCCAUAGCCCACAGCUGAGCAUAAACAAAAGUCUGCGUCUGCGCAUCGAUAUUGGCGGCUUGACCUAUGUAUCCACGCCCAAUACACAGAACGUUUUCAUACGUACCACCAAUCAUGUGUCCCGUGCCCAUCUCAUGACAGCCAAGCAACGCAGCCUGCAGUUGCUCAACCGUUCCCUGGUGAAGACCAAUGUGCCGUGUGCUAUCUACCAACGGCUGGGCAAGUGUGCGGCACACAGUCGCGGCAAAUGUCGACGGCUGCAUGACAAGCGCCAAGUGGCCAUCUGCCCAAGCUUUCUGCGUGGAGAGUGCACCAAGACCGACUGCCUGCUGUCGCACAAUGUGACGCUGGAGAAGAUGCCUGUGUGUCGCUAUUAUUUGCGUGGCGUUUGUGUGCGGGAGGAUUGCCCAUAUCUGCACAAGAAACUGAGUCGGAAGGCGGAGAUAUGCAUUGACUUUCUACGUGGUUACUGCGCGCGCGCCGCGGAUUGCAAUAUGCGCCAUGAGUUUGUGUGUCCGGAAUAUGCGCGUAGGGGCAAGUGCGAACUGACCAACUGUGUCUACUGCAAGCAAAUGAAGCAACAAAAGCUGACUGCAGUCCGGCUCAAACCUAAACCUAAACCCAAACCCAAACUGUCCGUCCCCAAUGAUCCAGCUGUUACGAAUUGCUCGGCCGAGGAAAUGCCCAGCAGUUCGCGAUAUUUCAAGUGCGAAAGUGAUGAUAAGUUUCAGGUAGAUCCGCAGGAGGAUCAGCGGUUAGAUGAGUGCUUGGGCGAUGAGGACACCUCAACCGGCGGCAGCGGACCGCGUCAGCGACCCAAGCUUGGCCAGCUGCCCGCAUUUAUACCAUUGGGUGGCGGCGGCGGCGAGGAGUGAUCGAUGUGACUGCCUCGGACU